AUGGAGCGGGUCAAUGAGACUGUGGUGAGAGAGUUCGUCUUCCUCGGCUUCUCAUCCCUGGCCAGGCUGCAGCAGUUGCUCUUUGUUACCUUCCUGCUCCUCUACCUGUUCACUCUGGGCACCAAUGCAAUCAUCCUUUCCACCAUUGUGCUGGAUAGAGCCCUUCACACCCCCAUGUACUUCUUCCUUGCCAUCCUCUCCUGCUCUGAGACUUGCUACACCUUCAUCAUUGUACCCAAGAUGCUGGUUGACCUGCUGGCCCAGAAGAAGACCAUUUCUUUCAUGGGUUGUGCCAUCCAAAUGUUUUCCUUCCUCUUCCUUGGCUGUUCUCACUCCUUCCUGCUGGCAGUCAUGGGUUAUGAUCGUUAUGUGGCCAUUUGUAACCCACUGCGCUACUCAGUGCUCAUGGGACAUGGGGUUUGUAUGGGACUAGUGGCUGCUGCCUGUGCCUGUGGCUUCACUGUUGCACAGAUCAUCACAUCCUUGGUAUUUUACCUGCCCUUUCAUUCCUCCAAUCAACUACAUCACUUCUUCUGUGACAUCUCUCCUGUCCUUAAGCUGGCAUCUUACCAUAACCACUUUAGUCAGAUUGUCAUCUUCAUGCUUUGUACACUGGUCCUGGCUAUCCCCUUAUUGUUGAUCUUGGUAUCCUACGUUUACAUUGUCUCUGCCAUACUUCAGUUUCCUUCCACAUUGGGUAGGUGCAAAGCUUUUUCCACCUGUGCAUCUCACCUCAUUAUUGUCACUGUCCACUAUGGCUGCGCCUCCUUUAUCUACUUAAGGCCUCAGUUCGACUACUUCUCAAGACAGGAUGCUCUAAUAUCAGUAUCCUACAUUAUUGUAACUCCAUUGUUCAACCCAAUAAUUUAUAGCUUGAGAAAUAAAGAGUUCAGAUCAGCCCUUUGUAGAAUUGUGAGAAGAACCAUUUCCCUGUCAUAACAUUAAUCGUGAUUCUGGCCAAGUGUAAUAUCUCAUACCUGUAAUCCCAGCAUUUUAGGAGCUGAGGUGAGCAGAUCACCUGAGGUCAGGAGUUCAAAACCAGCCUGGCCAACAUGGUGAAAUCCCAUCUCUACUAGAAAUACACAAAUUAGUCAGUGCUGUGAUGUGCUCCUGUAAUCUCAGCUACUCAGGAAGCUGAGGAAGGAGAAUUGCUGGAACCUGGGAGGCACUCCAGCCUGGGCAACAGAGUGAGGCUCCAUCUAAAAAAAAAAAAAAUCUUGUUUCUGCUCUUUCCAAACAGUAAAGCACAAGUUAUACAGGGGAAAACUCCCGGAACAUCAGUGAUCAAGCAAUUUAGCAUCAUGUACAGGAACAGAAAUCAUUUCCCCUCAUCUCCAAAUAUAAAAUUUAGAAAAACAACUGCUUGCCACAUUCACAUGAAUUGCUGCCUAUUGAAAUUUUUUUUCAAUUGAGUGGAAAAUAACAUGGCUCUUAUAGGAAAGCAUAUGUAUGUUCAGAAUUUUAGGCUCUUGUAAAUACUGUCACCCAAUCUCAGCCAGGCUGAAAACUAACCCUUCAAAAUGUGGCACAAGCCGGACUCUGUUGUAGGAAUUCAGAAAGCUUCUAUCUCUAGGAUUUUUCCAGAUGUUUUCUAAAUCUCAGUCUUCCAACAUAGUCAGAUCACAAUUGUUAAAAAAGUUAUCCAUUUCCAUGCUUUGAGUGUAUUAAUAAAAUACAAUUAUUUCUCAUUUUUAAUGUAGUGGCACACAUCUAAAUUUGGUGAGCAUACCUUGAAGAUAUUCACAGGCGAAUGGGUUAAAGAGAAGACCUAAAAAUCACCCAGAGUGACUAGGUAGGAAAGGCAAGUUAAAACUUAAGUCAGUUUCACUAUUCACCACGUGGAAACCUUUGCAUACAGAGCAAUCAGUCUGUUCUCCAUGCAGCUCAGGAGUUUGCAUGUACAUUUGAGACCAGAAGUUGAAUCUGAUGUUUUCAUUCUCUCUCCUUUCUGCAGGAGUGAUAGCAAACAGGAAUUUCCACAAUGGUGGUGCUUUCUCACAUUGUCUCUCUUUUCAAGAUCCAUUUAUCAAUAAAAGUCUCCUGAGUGAUUUA